CGAUACACGGCAGAACCAGUUCGGCUGCCAAUACGUACGCCCUGGGUCGCCCUGGUGAUACGGAUGUGUAAGGCGAAAGCUUCGUCGGCGCACCUUGGCAGGUCUCUCGAUAACCAUGCAUUUUUGCACCACUCUAAUUUGAACCUCCCCGAAUAUUUGGCACUUAUGUGGGCCCUUAUGGACAUCGGCCGCGGCGUUGUCGCCUGCAUGGUCGCCACAAAGUAUAAAUCGACCCGCAUACCCUACCCACCGUCAGUAUCCAACUGCGAAACCUUCGGGUAUGGCAUCGUGCCGCUGCCCCCGCCGGGCGGUGUGCACGAGGAUAAGGGAUGGUGGGUGGCGGCAGCGGUAGCCGACCACACGGAAAUGUUCCUCCCCCUUUUAGAGUCCACGUAUAUAAGCCGCCAGGCGCCGGCCGAACUAAGCUUUCAGGGCACUAGAAUACUCAUCCCGGCCGGUCAUACAAUACAUGUUGACUGGUUCGAGGUGUGGCGGUGUUGGAGGUACGAGUGCCCCUACUAUUGGGUGAUGCACGCGCCUCCCCCUGACACAUUCGUAUUUUCGGCGAUGACCAUUCCCAUCCCGUACGAGACGCUCAUGGAUGAGGAAUGGGACGAGGACGAGACGGGUCACCCCCUCGACCACGGCUACGAGUCGCCGGAGGCAGAGGAGUGA